AUGCGAAGUAGUGCUCUGGUUUUGUUUGUUUGUGCUGGCUUACUGCUCAGUGGUGGCGCCAUCCUCGGUGUAUCGACGUCAUGGAACCUAUUCCGCAUGUCCUAUUACUUCUGGACUACAGAUGUGGGCGUGGAGCUAGGGGCUAGCAUACUCUUCAUUGCUGGGGCGCUCCUCUGCUUGCCGGCUUGUUGGCUUGCCUCCUUAGUGCCAUAUUACCCCAAGUCUAUUUCAAUUUUGUCUACAUUAAUGGUGCUAGUUACUGCGGCGCUGGUGUUACUGUCCACUGGCAUGACUUCCAUCAUGGCCUUGUCGAAAGCUACACGAGACCCGUCAAUGAUAAAGACGAGCAUGCUACGCGCUAUGUCGGUUGAAUCACAGGAUCUCGCUGUCAAAAAUGCUUUCGCUGCUAUGCAAAUUGAGCUAAAGUGCUGCGGAGUCAAUUCUUAUUCUGACUGGAGCAUGCAUCGUCGCGGUCUGCCAUCAGCCUGCUGUGGUCGUGUAAUGAAUGUGAAGUCUGUUGACCGCUGCGAAUACCCGUUAUACAACGUGGGUUGCCUUCGUCCUGCUGUUAAUGAAUUGCGCUUGUUCGUCAACUCCCUCUCUGUGCUUACGUGUUCUAUUAUUUGUGUUAUGGCUGUGACUUUGUUCGCCACGGCGUACACUCUCGUGACGGGAGUGGCGGAUCGCACCAAAACUCUACAGCCGCUGCGAAGACGCGCCUCCGCGCCCCCCGCGUCCCCGCGCCCCGCGCCCGCGCCCCCGCGCCCUUGCGGACCCGCGCCCCCGCGCCCCGCCGGCGCGGACAAGCGGCCGCAAGGGAGUUACAAGUGGAAGAGUACAGAUGCUACCGGCGGGGCGCGACGGGCGUCGGGCCGCCGCGAAGCGUUCAGCGUUCAUUCGUCACGCAGCCUCACUCGGCCGGGCGCGGCGGCCCGAGGCGGCGCGACAAUUGGUUAA